GGCUGUGUGCUGUCUCAUCACAUGCUAAGUCCAUUCGUCGGUACACUUUUUGUCUAUGGCCGGAAAGAACAGGACUGAAGCUCAAAAGUACUGCAGAGAGAAAUACACAGACCUGGCCACUGUGGACAGCGAGAAGAUUGUGAAGAUCCUGAACAACGCGGCAGAUUUAACCAAAAUGGUCUAUCCGGGAUACUACCAUCGAGCCUGGAUCGGGCUGUAUGAUGACAGGGACAGCUGGAGGUGGUCAAUGUCAAACUCAAGCUUCUACAAUAACGAGGAGACAGUCUUCAGACCAUGGAAGGAUCAACAACCAAGCAACUAUUUGAGUAGAGAAUACUGCACAGAGACGGAUCCCGAUGGAAAUUGGAAUGAUGAUAACUGUGCGCACUCCGUAUGGCAGUCUGCAUGGAUGUCAAAGGGCAGAAUGUGACAUUUGUCUUGGUCAACAUCCUCAUGACCUGGACUGAGGCCCAGAGCUACUGCAGAGCAAACCACACUGACCUGGCCAGUGUGAGGAACAUGGCAGAGAACCAGCAGGUACAAGACCUGGUCCCUGCUCGAGGUAUCGUCUGGAUUGGCCUUUACAGAGACUCCUGGAAGUGGUCCGAUGGAAGGAAAUACUCCUUUAGUCACUGGUCAGCAUCUGAACCCAACAACAUAGAUGGCAAUGAGCUGUGUGUGGUUGCAUACUUCGACAACUUUGGAAGAUGGGAGGACUGGAGAUGUGAAGAUAAGAGACCCUUCAUUUGCUACAAACUCCUAAAGGUUGUUUCAAAGCAAGUGAUAAAAUUGAGCUUGCAGUACACGGGCUCCGAUCUGAAUCUGAACAACGAGGCUGUGCAGAAUGACAUGUUGGUGAAGAUCAAACAGCAGAUGAAGAUCCAGGGAUUGGAUGACAACAUCCAGCUGAGCUGGAGGAAGCAGCCGGAUGGAAAGGUCUUCCACAAGGAGCAGAAGGAUGAGCUUUAGUGUUGAACUGCUGUGUCGGUUUUCAUCAGGGAAAAUUGUGCUUCUUUUAUCAAAGUCCUCAACAGAAUAUAGCUUCAACAUUACCUGAUUGAUCCAUUAGUUGUAACUAUUUUUAUUGAAGAUGUUAUGCUUUUCCUUGUUUUAAAUAUUGACCUGAAGUUAAUAUCUUUGAGCUUUAGACUGUUGAAAUUAUAUGCUUGGCAUUUCGGAAAUAAUAACAAGCAUUAUCCACUAAUUUCUGACAUUUUUAGAUCGAUAGAUGAGAUAAAAUAUCUAAAGAAAUUAUAACAUAACAUAGGAUUUUACUGAAGGCAACUCCAGUAAAAUGCAGUUUUAUCAUUUUUUACCCUUUUGUUGUGAAGAAUCUUGUCGUAAAGAGUAGGCUAAAUGUUGUUGAGAUCUGAAUAUUAGGUUGAAUAAUUAAAACGAAAGUUAAUUAUAAUCAAAUAUAAUCAAAUAUAUUCU